CAUCGGGUGUGUCGAUGACAGGUGCCAGUGCACGAUGUGCUGCCCCCGGGAUCUGUGCCCGCUGUGACGUGUAUGGGGGCAGCACCCGAUCCAGCCUCCUCCAGGCGACGAGCUGGGGAGGUGGUCAGAGCCGAUCCCACCUGCGGGCUCCUUAUGGGGGACUGUGUAUGGGCGGAGGAGAGGACACAGGAGGGAGAACGAGGGAUCCCGGGCAACAUUCAUCAUGAUCGGCGGCCAGCAUGGAGGACAGAGGCGGCAGCCUGAUGUCAUACGGCGUGUAGCAGACAUCCUGACCUGGCACAGGCCUCUCUAUAGCCUCGCCGUCUUCAUCGGCUGCAACCUGCUAUUCUGGUUUUUGGCCCUAACCCCUUGGAGAAUUUUUCAUUUAAUAUCGCUCAUUUUACUUGGACUUCUUCUGGUUCAGAUAAUUAAGCAUUUCUUACUGUCCAGAAACACAGGUGCACAACUGUGGAGAGGUAUUGUCAAAAGGUGGGAGGCAAUCAACUCUAGUUCAGAAUGCAAACCUCAGCUUGGUCAGUGCAUGGAAGAAUCCUGGUCGGGUUACUGCACUUUUCUUCAAGAAUUAUCCCUAUUUAAACAACAAAAUCCAGGCAAAUUUUGCCUUCUGGCAUGCAGUGUGUGUUCAUUUCUCGUUAUAUUGGGAAGCUACAUUCCAGGAAUUGUCCUCACCUAUGUAAUAUUAUUGUGUGCCUUCUUGUGUCCAUUGUUAAAAUGCAAUGAAAUUGGACAAAAAGCAUACAGCAAGCUGAAGCCAGUUCUGCAGAAGCUGGAUUUUGGGUUGCAGUCCUUUAUCAGCCAGUGGAUGAAAGCCAGGUCUAAAAAAGCUGAAAAGUCUGCUGAAGAAAACAGUGAAAUAGAUCUGUCUGCAUUAUAUCCUCAGAUCACUCCAGGAUCAAUUGUCAAGGAACUGUCAAUUUCUGACACAGAACCAUCAGAUUUGUCUUGGACAGAAAAUGGAACCUUUAACCUUUCAGAGGGCUACACUCCACAGACAGAUACAUCAGAUGAUCUGGAUCGGCAAAGUGACCAGGAGGAAGGCUUCACCAGAGGCCUCACUGAAUUCCCAUCUGCUGAGAACGGUUCCCCAUCCAACGAUGAAGACUCUAGCAUAGGCCUGCCUGCCAUUCCAAAGAGAAAACACAAAGAGAGUCAAAAAGCACGUGCUGAAAAGAGUUCAACAUCAGUGUUGUCAUUGCUUCUGGCCACUGAGCAGCCAUGUAAUCUAGUAAAUGAUGUUGCUAAUGAGGUCAUCACAGCCGCUGUUUCAGCAGCUAUCACUGGCCAGUUACAGUCAGCCUUUCUCUCUUCACAAACUCCUGCUCCAACUUCUAUUGAUGAUACUGACACUGACGAAGCUGAUGACUUUGAACUUUUGGACCAGUCAGAACUGGAGGACAUAGAAGAGGAAGUGGGGUACUCAUCAAGCCAAGAAUCCGAGAGCAAAAGGUCUUCAGGAUUCCUCUCCAGUCUAUUGGGUGGGCAUUAACAUACCAACCUUUCCACUCCUUUUACUACAGAUUGUGAAGAAAAUGUGAAGGCCUCACAGGAACAAAUACAUCGUACAAGCAUUUAACAUGCAGCAAGAAUCAUUAGGGAAAAUGUGUAAACUGUAAGCUUUAAAUAUUGUUCCCUUUAGUCAGACUAGGCCUAUGUAACCUGUUGCAGAUGUUCUUAGCUGUCUCACUAAUAGUUUCCCCACCUCCCCUUGAAGGUGUUGCAUGGAGCUGACUACUUUAUAUAUGUAAGGUAGGUAUAACACAGUGUCCUUAUAUGUUGAAGGAAUUAAACUUAAAAAUGUUUCACCUGAUGCAUAACAGGGUUUACAAACAGAUCUCUUAGACUGUAAGAAUCUUUAUGAAUGUUAAUAUAGUUCCGGCUACAGGCAGUAAGAAGAGUAUGGAGAGGCUGAACGUUGUGGUGCUCGCUUAUUCAAGGGUGCUCCAUUAUACAAUGCAGAAUUCUCUUGUUUGUAGUAUCACCUCCUAACAUCUACUCUCUGAAUAGCCAUAUAAUAUCAAUGCAACUCUAUUAUAUCUGCCAAAUGAACUUGGAAUUUUUUUGCACUUUAAUCAAUUAGACAGGUCAAGAGAUGUUUGGCAACUAAGUUCAGGAAAAGUGCCAUUACCUCUUUUAUUGGGAUAUAUGGAAGACGGAAAU